CGACGUCAUCAGCGCGCGCGGCGGCCGAGCCGGGUGUUUCCGCCCGCCGCUGAGGGAGCGGAGAGGAGCCGAGCGGGGCGGGGGCUUUGGGCAGGCUCGGGUGGUCCCGGCAGGUCCCGGCAGGUCCCGGCUGGUUCCGUCGGCAGCCGCGCGCGGGCACCCGGCCCCGGCCGCCAUGUCGGAGAGCGCCGAGAGCCCCGGGGGGCGCCGCAGCCCCCCGGGCUCCCCCAGGCAGGGGCAGGGGCCCGCCGAGCCGCGGAUCAUCAAGGUGACGGUGAAGACUCCCAAGGAGAAGGAGGAGUUCGCCGUGGCCGAGACCAGCAGCGUGCGGCAGUUUAAGGAGGAAAUCUCUAAGCGUUUCAAGUCCCACACCGAUCAGCUUGUAUUGAUAUUUGCUGGAAAAAUUUUAAAAGAUCAAGAUACUUUGACUCAGCAUGGGAUUCAUGAUGGACUCACUGUUCACCUGGUUAUCAAAACACAAAACAGAUCACAAGACCACACAGCUCAACAAACAAAUACCACUGGCAGUACUGCUACCACAUCAACAUCAAGCAGUAGUACCUCAACAACAGCUUCAACAAAUAGUAACCCUUUUGGCUUAGGUGGCCUUGGAGGUUUGGCAGGUCUGAGUAGCCUGGGUUUAAAUACAUCAAACUUUUCAGAGUUGCAAAGUCAGAUGCAGCGGCAACUUAUGUCCAACCCAGAAAUGAUGGUUCAGAUAAUGGAAAACCCAUUCGUUCAGAGCAUGCUUUCAAAUCCUGACCUGAUGAGGCAGUUAAUUAUGGCUAACCCUCAAAUGCAGCAGCUGAUACAGAGAAAUCCGGAAAUCAGUCAUAUGCUGAAUAAUCCAGAUAUAAUGCGACAGACACUAGAACUUGCUAGAAACCCUGCAAUGAUGCAGGAAAUGAUGCGAAACCAAGACCGAGCCUUGAGCAACCUUGAAAGUAUACCAGGUGGAUACAAUGCUUUGCGACGUAUGUACACAGAUAUUCAGGAGCCAAUGUUGAAUGCAGCACAGGAACAGUUUGGAGGUAACCCAUUUGCUUCUUUAGUAAGCAAUGCAUCAUCAGGAGGGGACAGUCAGCCAUCUCGUACAGAAAAUAGAGAUCCUUUACCAAAUCCCUGGGCUCCUCAGUCCAGUUCUCAGAGUUCCACGACAAAUACCAGCACCAGCGGUGAGAGUGGUGGCAGUAGUACUGUUGGAAAUAGCACCUCUGGCAGUAUGGGACAGAGCUCAACCAUACCAAAUUUGGGACCUGGACUAGGAGCUGGUAUGUUCAACACACCAGGAAUGCAGAGCUUAUUACAGCAGAUAACAGAAAACCCACAACUGAUGCAGAACAUGUUGUCUGCACCCUAUAUGAGAAGCAUGAUGCAGUCAUUAAGCCAGAAUCCUGAUCUUGCAGUACAGAUGAUGUUGAAUAAUCCUUUAUUUGCUGGAAAUCCUCAGCUUCAGGAACAAAUGAGACAACAGCUUCCUACUUUCCUUCAGCAAAUGCAGAAUCCUGACACGUUAUCAGCUAUGUCAAACCCUAGAGCAAUGCAGGCUUUGCUACAGAUUCAGCAGGGCUUGCAGACACUAGCAACAGAAGCACCAGGACUUAUACCCGGAUUUAAUCCUGGUUUAGGUGGACUGGGAAGCACGGGAGCUCCUACAGGAUCCACUGUAUCUAGUUCUGUUCCCAGUGAAAAUACAAGUCCAGCAUCGGGAUCUACUGAACCCAGUCACCAGCAGUUUGUCCAACAGAUGUUGCAGGCGCUUGCUGGUGCAAAUACUCAGCAGUUACAAAAUCCAGAAGUUAGAUUCCAACAACAACUGGAGCAGCUGAGUGCAAUGGGCUUUUUGAACCGUGAAGCAAACUUGCAAGCACUAAUAGCAACGGGAGGAGACAUCAAUGCAGCUAUUGAAAGGCUCCUGGGCUCUCAGCCUUCAUAGCAGUGUUUCUUUAACUUGAAAAAAUGUAAUUUAUUUUUGAUAACAGCUCUUAAAUCUUUAAAAUACUUGCUUUAUUUCAUUCUGACUCUUGGGAUUGUCUCAUUAUAACUAAAAUCAGUCUGAUGCAUUUUAAGGUGGAGUGCAGUAGUUUUCUUCAAACAGUGGGGAUCAAUGAAUUUUCCCUAAGUUGUUGCAUGCAUCACACUUCUUUCGUUUUGCAUUAUUUGUGAUUUUUGAAACAAUAUCAGCUUUCACAGUUGGGUGAACAGGUUUUGCCUCAUCUGCAACUGUCCAAUUUAUUUACUACUUAAACAUUAGCCUUCAGUAGUAAUUUAUGUAGAAUACAAAUUAAAAAGGAAACAAAUUAAAGCUAUAAUUUGUGGGUACCAAUACUGCUUAUUGUGAUUUCGGCAUGUACUUUUUGCUAGCAAAAUGCUGUAAGAUUUAUACCACUUGAGUAAUCUACCAUUUUUGCUUUAAUUUGUAUAAAGUAUAAACACAGUAUAUAUAAUGGAAACAGCUCAUUUCUAGAAUUUACACAUUGCAAUAUAAUGAAAUUAUAAGUAACCAAAAAAGCCAGAAAAAAAAAGUCGCAAAACAUGUUUUCAGUGUAGAAUCUUUCAGCCUAUUUGGUAACCAUCUCAGCAAAGGAGCUUAGGCAAGUUCGUUUAAAAUAUACUAGAAGUACUGUUCUGGUUAUCUCUUUAAGUCUAACUGUACAGAAACUUGGAUUGUAACAUUGUCUCAAUAUUCCUGAAGAUUAACUGUAAAUUACUUCAAUCAUUGUGCAAAUUUAAGGGGUACUGCCCUGUGCUCUCAAACUGCUUCUAAGGCUUUUGGGUUUGUUCCACUGAGAUUCUAACAUGUAUUGAUUUGCAAUUGGCAACAUUAGUUUCACACACUGUCGCGUGAUACUCUUAAUUACUUCUAAACACCAUGUAAAAAUACUGUAUAUCUUUUGGGUUUUUAUUGGUAGUUACCUCUGUUGUGCACAGGUAAUAAAUAAAUUAAAUCUUUAAGCA